AUUCCUGAUGCAGAGCAUGUUAAAAUCAUCAGAGAGAUUUCCACAAUUCAAUCAGUCGUUCUAAGUUGUCAGCUGAAAGACAUGCUUCAGAAUGUUGAGUUCUAUAAACCCAUCAAAUUUGUGUACCAUCCAAGAGAACCAUUCUUUCUCAUCAAGCAGCCUCAAAGAAUCAUAGCAAUUUUCCCAAUUCGUUUCAGAGAAAAUGCAGAUGUCAUUAUUGCAACAGCUUUCUUUCAGGAACUCAUGGAUGUUGGAAACUCAGAUAAAUGGGCCAAGGCACCACGAUGUUCAUGGUCAGCCAUUCCUCCUCCAGAGUUAAGAGGAGAAGCAUUCGAGGAUUUGAGUACCAAUGGAGGAUUCGUCUCUUUCGAUAUCUCUUCACACCAUGUUGAAGGCAAAAGACCGGACAAGAUUCUAUGGAAUCUAUUAAACUUCAACGCAUAUGUGAGAUACCAUGUUAAGAGCACUGAAGGUUAUAUACAAAGAAGGAUGAGGAAGAAGUUGAAAAGUUUGGUUGAGGUUCUACACCCUACAAGCUUAGAGGAAAACAGACAACCCAAAAGACUAGAAGGUCAACUUUCAGCUGCCAAUUAAGUUUCAAAUUCAAUAAUAUCAUUAAUUAACAAAUUAAGACUGAGUUUUUUUUAAUCAAAACAAAUAAACACUGAUAAAACAAGCUAAGUUCGUAAUCUUAUUUUGAUGCUACAAUAGUGUGCAUAAAUAUUUUAAAAAACAAUA